AUGUGCGACAGCGAGAUGACCGACCUAGCGGACCAAGUCAACGAUAUCGAGGUCCCGUUUACCGCUCAAAGCAAGGCACAGCGCAAACGGCAAGAAGAAGUUACAAGCCUCCUCGGUACCGACAUGGCAGGUCUAGCGGAGGAGUUCAUGGACAUCGCAACAAUGGCUCGCAAACGUCGCAGUGCAGACUCGACACCACCACCACCGCGGCGACAACGGCCGCUUCUUCCGGGAUCGCCAAGGGCAAGACGGGAUGCCCACGGUAACAUUACAAAUGCAGCUUACCUGAGUGAGGCCACACUCGCGCGCGAGCAGGGGCUGAAUAGGCCUCAGGUUCUGCCAACCAACGCGGCUCCUGGUCCUCCUGCUCAUAGCCCAGCUUUUCGACAACAGUUGGCCGCCAUCCAUACGCGAGGAGAGCAUGUGCACCACCCACAUGUAGCGACCAAUGUGCAGUAUGGUCGUAGGUCCGCGCCGCAGAAUAACGUGCGCAGCCAGCGAUAUGCUCCGUAUUCGCUUGCACCUCGCAACUCUUUUGCUGCCCAUCCCAGAGCGGGAUAUGCGCCGCCUGCCGUUACGGCACCAGCCUCGCACAUGAACUUCGUGGAGCCACAGCAGCAAUACCAGCAAUACCAGCAUUACCCGCAACAUCAUUUUGCUAAUGUCCUCCCUGAUACAGAUCUGAUGAGAUUUCCUUCAAACUCGAGUCAGGCUACUUUGGGCCAUUGGCCUUCGAAUGCUUUGGGGCCUCUGCCUUCAGGGAAUACCGGCCAGGAAGAUGCCUUGCGAGCCGAGGACUUUGAGUCAGCCGGACUGAACUUGGACGCAGUUCAGAGUGAGGAUUUGGAUCUAUCCUGGGAUAUGGCUGCUGUUGGACCGGCGAACGGGUGGUACACCCUCGAUCAAAUGGCUUCCCGUCCAAUCUUCUACCCGAUGGAGCCACCCAUCUCUGCUCCUGUACCUGCUCCUGUACCUGGGUACCACCAGCCUCAUGGUCACUAUGGGGUUCUCAACCAACGUCCCCUUCCGGAACCCACCUUUACAAACUACAAUGUUCCUGGGGCUUACCAAAGUCCAUAUGCACCUACCAUGUAUGCUCCACAGCAUGCGCAUUACCAGCCUACUUUCCAGCCGGUCCCGAUGUACACGCCAGGCCCCAUCAACAACGUCGUCAUACCGCAGCCAGGCUUGAUGUAUGCGCAGAACUUCGUCAAUAAUUUCCCGCCACAACAGCAUCAGCCCACCAUGCAUACGCAACCAUACCCGCGACACCCAACCGCGCAACAACCCCAGGCCAACUCCAACUACCCUGUUGCCGCCUACAACCCACCUGCUCCUUACACAGGACCGUCUUCACACCAGCCAGGAACUUACAACGGCAGCACCGGGCAGGCACAACAGCAGGAUGCGGGACCCAGACGACGGUCAAGCUUGUACCUUACUACUGAGGAAUGGGUUGAGGCACAACGCAGGCAGCAUCCUUCUAGUGAGGAUGCGGAUCGACGAGCUGGAUGA